AUGUCGACCAGCGGCGGAUACGGUGGUAAAACCAUCGUCGUCACCACAGCGGCAGUUGGUGCGUUCGUUGCCACCGUCGGCGCCGUGUUUGCGUACACCAACAGCGAAGAGUACCAAUCUUCUUCCUCCUCUUCUUCUUCUUCCUCAUCGAAUUGGAAAAGAAAAAUCCUCGACUCGUUUUUAACGACCUCUUCGUACGUGACGAAUAAAGCGAGUCAAAUGAAAUCCGAACACCGAAGAAGAGAGAAGAAAAUGCUCACGACUCAAAUGUGGUUCGAUGGAUGCGACGAGUCAGGCCGUAUUGUAAACCCAGAGGCCAUGAGGAAGAUUAUCAUCGAAGGCGGUAUCGAAUCCGCGUUGCGUCAAGAAGUGUACCCGUUCUUGUUGAACAUAAGGGACCCGAAGGACUCCGCGGUGGAAGUUGAACAGGCGAAACAGAUGCGGAAAGUCAAAUACGACGCGUUGAGGAAACGAUGUAAAGAGCUGGAACUGAUGAUGAAGAGUGGAAAGGCGUAUAGUAAAGACUCGUUACCUCCGAGAGAUUUGGGCGUCUUCACGGAAAAUGCCCCUGUAAUCAAAGCGGAUGCGCCGAGAACGACUUUUGUAUACGGAGAAUUCGCGGCAACGUACGACGCGUGCGACGACGCGAAUACCGCCGCGCUAUUAGAAAAGGAUUUGAACGUUUUGAGUAGUGGUGAUAAAAAGAAUAGUAAGAAAAAAUCAUGGGAAGUAGUGCAGACACAGCGGUGUCGGAAAAUCUUGGAAGCUUUCGCGCUUUAUGAUCCAACAGUUGGGUAUUGUCAAGGAAUGAACGAGUUGGCGGCUGGAUUUUUACGAGACUGCGUGGAUGAAUCCGAAGCGUUUUGGUGCUUCGCGCAUUUUACUUCCGGAGCGUUUAGAAGUCAUUUUGUCAUCUCCGGACAUGCGCAUUUAGACGGCGGCAUUUCAGAACGCUUGCUCGCUUUGUCGACAAUUUUUCAAAUAUGCGAUAAACCGCUUUGGAAACAUCUCCACUCUUUGAAUAGCGAGAACUGCAUGUUUGCAUUUCGAUCGGUUGUUGUGUUACUUUCGCGUGAAUUGGACGUCUCUUCAACGAUAUUUCUUUGGGACGUGUUGAUGGCGACGAGAGAUUUCGCCCCAACUGCUGAAGCGACGGCGAUGUCGGCGGCUGCGGCGGUGUACGAAGAACGUAACAAUUCACAAUUCGAUGGCGACUCAGACAUUUUAGAAGUUUUAACGGUCGGUGGAGGACGAUUGUUUUUACACGUCGUAGCAGCUGCGUUUCUAGAAAUGCGGCACACUGUGUAG